AUGAAGUCCAUUCUCAUUUUGUCGUGUGUUAUAGCAACAGUGUAUUCUGGGCCUAUCGCCCAAGAAGACUCGGUUCUUAAAUUAGUAACCAGCAACUUUGUGAAUUGUAUGAAUAGUGAUUUAAAUUUGUGCUUAAAGGAACAUGCACUCAAAGCCACUGAACGUCUCGGCUCAGUUCGUAAGCUGAACAUCAUUGAUGGUCUUACCAUUUACAACAAUGGCCCUCGGGAAUCUAGAAGCUUCGAAGCUUUAUCCUCAGAACCCGAAGAAAGAAACAAGCAACUGACUGAAAGACUAUGGGAGAGUACCACGGAUCUGUUGCAGAAGAGCGAUUUGGAAGUCAGCUUUGCUGGUGGUGAUGAUGAAGAGGAAGAAUCUCGGUCUAUUGAUGAUGCAGUCGAAGAAAGCCGUGGAAAGAAGAAGAAGCAGCUCAAGAAGAAGUUGAAGCUCCUCAUUCCCCUCGCUAUCCUCGCUAAAGUGAAAGCUGUAGCCCUAAUUGUCAUCGCUCUCCUGGUAAUCGCCGCAUCACUUUUCAAACUGGCCGUUCUCGCCAAGAUUGCCUUUAUUGCCAAGGUCAUUGCAAUCAUUAAAGCCUUGAUCGCAAAGAAGCAUGCCCAAGAAGAACACACCUGGGUGUCUCAUGAGGAGCACCCUCAAAUUUCCCAUGGAGGUUGGGGCGAGCAAGGUGGUUGGUCCCGCUCAAGAACGGAAGCCAACAACCUGGCCUAUUCCGCCUACCAACAGUAA